CGGCUCAGGAAAAACCAAAGUAGUGAACGUCUGGUUACAGUAUUCCCCUCUUUCUAACGCUUAAAAGCCCUAGACGGGGAAGCAUUGAGACCUUUGUGCUCUCUCUGUCUCCAUCUCCAUCUCCAUCUCCAUCUCCAUCUCUAUCUCUGUCUCCAUCUACAUCUCUCUCGCCAUAAUAUUACAGAACAAAUUGGUUUCAAAAUCUUGGAUAUUAGGAAAUCCAUAACUAAAAAGAAUGAGCACCAGAGGGUUAAGGGGUCCUCCUCUAAAAGGGUAUGUGAGGAACUCUCGGCGUAAGAGAACAAUACUAGAUGUGGACCUUAAUGCACCACCUGCGCAGAACAGGUAUGAGGAAGGAACUUCAACUCAUACUAAUUCUCAAGAUGUGCAAGCUGGCCAACAAGGAGGAUCUGCGCAACCUGCAACUAUUGACGUAGAGGCGUUUGAUGAUGAUGUUAUUAUAUCGUCCCCCAGGGCUUUUGCAGAAGCUAAAAACAAUUCCAGAAGGAAUCGUGGAAGGACUGUUGUACUUGAUGUAGAUUCAGAAGAACGGUCAUCGAGGUUCCCUCCUAAUAGUCAUAACAAGCGCAGAAGAGUUUCUUCAAACCAAACUAUUAUAAAUUGUGACCUUUACAUAAACUUGGAAGGCAGUAGCAACUCUAUGAGAGAGAAUGUUUGUAGUAUGGUUCCGCCCCCGCAGUCACGGCCACCUCCGCCCAAGGAACCCACCUUUAGUUGUCCAAUUUGCAUGGGCCCAUUAGUUGAGGAGAUGUCAACAAAAUGUGGUCACAUUUUCUGUAAGGCGUGUAUCAAAGCUGCAAUUUCUGCUCAGAGUAAAUGCCCCACCUGUAGGAAAAAAGUCACCAUGAAAGAUACCAUUAGGGUCUAUCUUCCUGCAACCAGCUGAAUGCAAGGAUUUGGCUCUUUUGUGGAUGCAAGAAGCUAAUAUUUACAGAGACUGCUUUGCCCUUUUGUGAGAACUAAACAAUGGUUGCUGAACUCUAUCUUCAACUUUGGAACCAAGGAGUGAUUAUGUGUUCAUUUACCUCUUUUUCCCUUUUUAGAGAGAGAGAGAGAGAGAGAGAGAGAGUUCCUAUUGGCAAUAUUUUUUACAUUGUUCUUCAGUGAAAGAUUUAGUUAUCUUUUAAAAGUUUGUACCUGUAGGCAGUAUUUUGUCUUGGACUCCUGGUCUAGGAAUAAACAUUUUUUAUUGUUGGCGUAAAAUUCUAAUUUUAUUAUUUACUUGUCCUA